CUAGUUAUUAGAAUAUUCAGGAAGGUUCCUAUUCCUCAGUCUCUGAAUAUCACUCCUAAGUCUUACCAUAUGAUCAGAUACAUGGACUCAAACACUGCAGGUUCAUGUCGGGGGGUCACAGCAAAAAACAUCCUGGUUUGACCUGAAAAGCCAGUUGGUGGAUGAGUCCCGUGAAAAAGCUCCCAUGAGCUGUCACCAGGACAACCCUAGAUAAACAACAGCACACAACAAAGACCUCAUAAACGAGGGACACACUGGAGAGGAACGGCAGCUUUAGAUAGAAGUUCUCUUGAAGCUGAUUGCAAAAUGAGAUUAAAAUCUAGUAAAGCAUCACCUUACAAGCAUUGAUACAUGGGUUAUAAGUGUAUUCAAGCGUCUAACUAUUGUGUGAGAGGAAGGCACUUAAUAAUGCCUUCAGGUACCAAAAAGUCAAGAUCUCAAAGUUCCAAGCCUGCAGCAAAGAGCAAAAGAAAGCACUCUUCCAAGAAGAGGUCUGUCAGUGCCAAAUCCACAAAGACAGAGGUGGAUAUUCUGAGUCCAGCUGCCAUGGAGAACGUCUACUACAUCUCCCAUAAUGCAGUGGACUGCUUGGAAUUCAGAGGGUUUGGCUGGACUGGAGCCACCAAGAAGAAAGGAAAAAAGGGCAAAAAACAAAAGAUCAAAAAAUGAAGACUAAAUUUGUGCCAAUUUAAACCUAAAUAUAACUGUGCAUGCUUACUUAAAUGGAUAAAUUAUUAAGGUUAGUUAAGAUGGAUAUUUAAGUUAUCUAAAUAAAUUGUAAGUUGUCAGUUAACUGCAGCUAGUUUUACUAUAUAUUUAAUUUGCCUACCUGUAAAUAUAGCAAACAACAAAUGUUUCAUAUAAACUUUCUCACUUCUUUAAACUGUCAUGAUGCAUUUCAAAGCAGCCACAUUUUAUUAAUUUUAGCCAAAAAUGGAUUUUGAAAAAUGUUACAUUUAUAUCAGCUGAUUCUUUAUUUUUGGUUAUUUAUCCUAUCAUAUAAGACUUGUUACAACCCAAUAAAAUAUCAGUUCCUUCAGAUUGGAUUUCUGAAACUCUAUAAAAGGAGUUGACAAUAAACUAAACUUAAAUGCAGGGAUUUUGUCAUUUAAAACAACAUUUUGGAAGUAAAACAAUGAUGUUGGGAUGUGGGUGCACUGUAAGAUCACCAGAGGGCAGUAAACCA